AUGGACGAAUCCCAGGAGGAUCUGAGUUUAGAUGAAUUCAAUCUCAUUGACAACAUUAUAGAAUCGGCAGUAGAUGAGUUACUACUAAAGAAAAAUAGCGUGCGUUGCGUUGGCCUAUUCGCACAGGUUUGCCGAUUAUGUGCUUGUGACGACCAACAGAUGAUGCAUAUUUCUGAUGUGCAUUUGCAAAUUAUCUACGAUUUACAAAUUCCCGGAAUUAAUGAAUCCAGUGGCUGUACUAACAUCUGCAGCGAAUGCAAUGGUUUCCUGGAAGAGUUUUGUAAGUUUCGUUCUCAAUGUGAAGAAGGACAAAAGCGGAUAGCUGCCAUGCUGGGCGAACGGAAAAUCUGCACCAAAAAAUCACGAGCAAAUAAGAUUUCCUCUACUGUCGUGAAGGCUGUGAUUAAGGAACCCAAAAGAGCAGAAUCGCGCCGACGUGUCGUCGAUGGCCACUUGCAAUGGGUUUGUCUGGAUUGCGAACAGGUGUUUAAAAGUUGCAUGCGAUUGAAAAAACAUCGUCGUACCUGCGUACUGGUAGGAAGUGAACGUUCCAAACGCUUUGGAACGAACGUCUGUGAUCUGUGUGGAGCAGUAUUGUCCUCAACGUUAGCGUUUAAGUUACAUCGGCGAGCGCAUGAAUCAGCGACAGACACGUCCUGCAAACAGCAGCUAUCUUCUACUCAAUUGGAGCCUUUUGUUUGUCACGUUUGCGGAAAUCUUUGCAAAUCUAGUCGAGUGCUCCGAUUGCAUCUACUUACACACAAUGCCGAGAGGAAUGUCGAAUGCAAUAUCUGUGGGAAACAGUUCAAGAGAAAACGAUCUCUACGGGUUCAUCUGCAAGUUCAUUCCGGGACGAAGUUUGAGUGCGAAAUUUGCAGUAAAAAGUUUCUCACUACAGUCACUCUAAGUAAGCAUAUGAAAACGCAUCGCAUAGACUACCUGAAGCAUAGUUGUACAAUGUGUCCGAAAAGGUUCGCACUUCUCCGACAGCUCCAGAAACACAUGAUGAUCCAUACGGGCGAGUAUGCGCACGUCUGCGAAAUUUGUAAUGCCAGGUUUCGAACUGCGGGACGAUUUAACCGCCACAUGCAGAAAGGACACGUGUUACCCGUCCAUCUGAACAUAGUCGAACAAAACGACAUGAACACUUUGGACGAUCUAAUCGAAUAUCAACCGGAGUUAACUCCGACAGACUUGAUACAGUCCAAUUUCGAAGAAUUAACACAGCCGUUGCCGUUACCAUCGCGUGAACUUUUGCAGGAAGAUGCCGGUUUCGGUUCUGAGGAAUUGCUCGAUCAAGCAUCUCGCAUAUUUACGGUCCAGUGCUUCCCCAAUGCGAGCUUUAGUGAUGACACGCUAUAUUCUUUCAUGGAUUGAUAGCGAUCUAAGUGUUGGGAAUAUCGUACAUUUCUUGAAUUAAACUGGUUUUAUUUAUUUACU